UUAACUCUUCAUUGUUGAUCAUGACCUGAUCAAACUAUCCUUUGGCAGAGCGAGUAGAUACUUUGUUUUACAGGCUAAUUCGUUUAAAAUAAUUUUGAUGGUUGCAGUCUUGCUUGAUACUCGAAAGACAUCAUGUGGCCUGUUUUGUGGACUGCCAUUCGUACGUAUGCUCCCUACAUAACCUUUCCUGUGGCUUUUGUGGUUGGGGCAGUGGGCUACAAUAUAGAGUGGUUUAUUCGUGGGAACCAACAACAACCAGUUGAGGAGAAGAGCAUUUUUGAAUUGCGUGAAGAAAGGAGGCUUGCUGAGAUUACAAAUAAAGAUUGCACCGAAGUUCUAAGCUUAAAAGAUAAACUUGAGUUCGCACCAAGGGCUGUGCUGAAUCGGAAUCGGCCGGACACAGCCAAUCGCAGCUAGCGCACGGCCACUGAUGCAACGGAGCAACAAUUUGUCUCUGAAGUACAGCUUCUGGAGAUUAGUUGAGCAAUGUCAUUGAGCUGAAACAUCUGUCUUCCUGAGUUGUUGCACAGUUCAUGUAAGACUUUCAGAUGGGGCUUGUUACCUGGAUUUUCAAGGUGAAAAUUCCAGGCUUUCAUUCAUUCUCCAGUAGUUGAAAAUUAAGAAGUUCCUUUGGCUGUGUAUUCAAUUGAAUUUCUUUAAGACCCCCCACCACCAACUUACAACUGGUUUAGAAUUGAAAUUUCUUGAACAAAAUGUAUCAUCUUAAGUCAUGAAAUAUCAGAAUUCAUGGUUGCUUGUGAACCUAAUUGAAAUGCAUUAUAGUUGAAUGAGAUUAAAGUUUUGUUGGAUGAAACCUUGACUAAAUGAGCAAUUCACAGGACAAGUCCUACCAAUGGGGAAACCUUUUACAAAAACAGUGACAUUUCUGCUUGAGACCUUUCAUUUGCAAAAUACUGUCUUUGCACAAACUAUUUCUCCACCAACAUUAAAGAAAAAGUUUGCAGUUUUCUCAUGCCUUUCAUAGCUUUGAGUUACACUAUGAAGCCAGUGAAAUACUUUUGACAUGCAAUAUUUGCUGUAGUAUAGGAAACACAGACAUUAACUUAUAGACAGCGAAGUCCCACGAACUAAUAGUCAUGUGUAACACUUGUUUGCUAACUCAACCUUCCACAUUCCCCUCCUCUACCCCAACCCUACUUUCUUCACACAUUCAGAGUGUUUUAUGUUCUUUGUAUAUUCUGCUUGAGAUCCAUCCAAAGGAUAAUCCACAGUUGGGUCUUUUAAUUCUUUAACAAUUCAUAGCACGAUGUGAUCAGGGUUCUCCCCAUGUCUGUGUGGGUUUCCUCCGGGUGCUCCGGUUUCUUCCCACAUUUCAAAUACGUAUGGGUAGGUUAAUAUGGGUUUAAAUGGACGGCGCUAUGAGGGCCUGUUAUCGUGCUGUAUAAAUAAAGUAAAUCCUCUCUACUGUG